AUGACUCAAGAUAAAAUAGAUGUUCGUCAACAUGGUGUGGUGGUUGAUCAAAUGAAGUCAGAAGUCAAGUGCAACUAUUGUGGAAAUUUAAUAAAGGAAGUUGAGCAACUUCACCACCCAAAUCUUCCUUUGAAGUGGAACUGGUGUCCCCGAGAAAGUGAUGGUGAACGAAAUGGAAAUAAAAAGCAAAAUGGAGUGAAUUCAAAAGCGGCUGUUAGUUGUGUUGUCGAUUCAUCCUCACGAGGAAUCGAAAUCUAUAGGAAGAUUUUUUAUGAAGCGAGAAAUGACUUUAAUGUGAUCAGAUCACCUAUCUUCCAAAGGGUGAUAAAAGCCACCCUUAGUCGUUCUGAGGAGUCGAUAAAAUUUCCUAGUUGUCAGGAAUUGAAAGGGUGGAUCCUCCAGGAUGCAGUAAAGGAGAUGCAACAAUAUGUAACGGAGAUGAAAAAUUCAUGGGCAAACACAGAUAUUUCAUCUUUCAAUGGCAAUGUUGAUGCAAUGCUAUUAUUAUUUGAGGAAGUUGUUGAGAUAGCCGGAGUUGAAAAUGUGGUGCAAAUAGUUGCAUACUCGACAUCUCCGUGCAUGAUGGAAGCAGGCAAGAAACUAAUGGAAAAUAAUGCAAGCUGUUUUGGACGAAAGAGAUGCUUCUCAAUGCAUGGAACUUAUGUUACAGAAAUUCACAAAGAUAGAACCGAUACAAGAAAUUUGGAGAAGGCAAAAACGCUCACACAAUUUAUUAAUAGCCAUGCCACUGUCCUAAAGCUUCUUAGAGAUGCUUGUCCGGAUGAGCUAGUAAAGCCUUCAAAGAUAAAGUCAAUCGUGCCCUUUUUUGACUCUGGAGAACAUUGUAUCACAGAAAGAACACUUAGUUACGAUGUUUCAGUCUUCUAA